AUGCACCAGCUACUCGCUGUGUGCCACUGCACCUCAAUGUGCGAUGGCUAUAUGAACAUCGUCACUCCCACCAGCAUCCCAACAACUCAACAGCAGGUUCAGCCAACCCUGUCGCUGGCCUCAGGUGUUCAUUUGGCACUCACAAACCAAAGCGACUGCUCACUCGCGCUGAACACGAUCUGCUGCACUCCCACGUCUGUGCCCUGUCUGCCCUCAAGUUGCUCUCCUGUGUCUGGCUCUGUUGUGGGCCAUGUCAUCUUUGCCACCCACACCCACACCCUCUCCCUCACUCCCUCGUCCCUUCCCCAUCUCACUCCGACUCCUCCUGCUGCGACUACUCAAACUCAAACUCCUCAUCCUACGCUGUCUCGCUUCCCACCCCCACACACUCCCCAUCUCGUUAACACCCUAGUGACCAACGACGGCGUUACUUGGUGGCGUCACUGGCCCAUUAUCUCCCAUGUGGUCUGCCCCCCAGGACAUCUGCCACUCUCACCUUUCACGUUGUCGCCCACUGUCCUCAAACCUCCACCAACCUUCCCAGCUCGUCAGUGGUGUGGGCGCCGACAAUCUCUCCUACCCGCGCUGUCAAAUGAGGGUGCCCACACUCCGAUCAACCUGCUCUCUCGCCACACCUGA